CGUACAGUGUUGUGUCAGGGAUUAGUUUUCUCUAGUAUUAAACAUGGUGCUCCGUUUAACAAUACUUACUUUUUUCGUUGCACUGGUAUACUAUUCUCCCGUUUUUUUGAAAAACGUGUCUGUUCUGCAAAAAAUAGUAGAUGAAGUUUACUACCAGCGUAUUUUGAAUCCAUAUAUUCGAAUUACUUUAUUCUCUUUGCUUUCGAUGGAGUUAAAAAAAAUAUUAUAAAAGAACUUAUCAGUGGAUAGGGAUUUUAAUGUUUAUCAAGCAAUAACUACUUAUCGGAAUGCAUCAGUUAUGCUUACAAUAUGGUCACUAAACUAAAUGAUAUGACCAUAUGGCAACUUGAACAGCUACGAAGCAAAACCUUAUGUUUAUAUCGACAAUGCUGCUGACCAUAUGGUUCUUCCUGUACAACAGAUUUGAUCAAUGAUAAACCCUAGAGGUGAAUUUCUCUUUUUUCGACGUUUACCCACCGAUAUAAUCAUUCAACUUUGCAGCUACAUUGUUUCUCAUCGCAUAAUAAGCCUAUGUACUUGAUUAUGCCAUAUAGGGGAUUAUUAAUGAUCUGAAUACCUUAGUAGUGAAGUGUUUAACCUUGAUACUGAGCGAUAUUGAUUCGAACCACCAAGGAGUGCGAAUUUUCUAGAAAUCUUGAAGGGAUCAACAUCAAUAAACACUGAACUUAAAAAUUCUAACGCUUCAUACUGUAUUACACUAAGGAUUUGAUAAUGUCAGUUCUGUCAAAAGAAGUGCAUUUGUUCAUCUUUUUCUUCUUUUCAAAGGAUCCAUGUCUACUGAAAGAUUUCACUGUGCAAGGUGAACGUGUUCCUCAUCCACCUCCUGUCGGCACUCCCCCAGAACCAACAGGUGACAAAUUUUCUGUCACAUAUACGGGAACGGGAAAUAUGGAUCAAUGUAUGCAAAAUGUAGAACCUCUACUUAUUCUAAACAAAAAUUGUGCACCAAUUCCCUGCGCAAUGAACAAUGUUGUUCAACCAAAUCCAGAUUUUAAUUCGAUGGAGUUUAUGGUCUGA